UAAAUAGAAGAAAAUAAAAAUGAGGAAACAUAGAGAUGAUGGGAAGUAAGAAUGAUGUGAAACUAUUGAGUUUUUUGUUGAGUCCAGUUGGUCACAGAGUUGAAUGGGCUCUGAAGCUAAAGGGUGUUGAAUUCGAGUAUGUAGAAGAAGAUAUCUUCAACAAAAGCAAUCUCCUUCUGGAACUGAACCCGGUUCACAAAAAGGUUCCGGUUCUUGUUCAUCACCAGAAACCAAUCGCUGAGUCACUCAUCAUCGUUGAAUACAUCGACCAAACAUGGAAGCAGCAUCCACUGUUGCCUCAACAUCCUUAUCAACGAGCUCUUGCUCGGUUUUGGGGUACCGUUGCUGAUAAGCUUGUGAAGACAUCAUAUGUUGCAAUGUGUAGCAGUGGCGAUGAACAAGAAAAGAGUGUGAAGGAAGCCAAAGAAGUAAUGGAUAAAAUAGAAGAAGAGAUUAUUAAGGGGAAGAAAUUCUUUGGAGGGGACAAUAUUGGGUACCUUGACCUUGCAUUUGGAUGGAUCCCUUACUGGCUUCCCAUUUGGGAGGAAGUUGGGUCAAUGCAAAUAGUUGACCCAUUGAAACAUUGUGCCAUCUCUGCAUGGAACACCAAUUUUCUCAGCCACCCUAUCAUCAAGGAUUGCUUGCCCCCAAGAGACAAGAUGCUCGUUUAUUCCCACCGUCGCAAAAAUGAGUUUUCUUCUACUCUUCGUCGUUGAUUCAUGUUUUUUCCUCUAUGUCUAAUUCAAUAUGUUAUAGGCAGAGGGAAAAACCUAUUAGAGUCAAUUAUAUUCCAAGAUAUAGGGAUUGACUCAACUGUAUUAAUGCAGAUUAUAUACGUUUAUCUUGGGUUGUUAAUCAUCUCUGCUGUUAAAUAAAUUAUAUAUAAGCCUUAUGAGAGGAUUUCAGAGAACCA